UCACUCAAUUCUGAUUGUCGACUCACGUGACUCGACAGGUUCAUUUUCGCAGCGAGUGAGGAAAUGAAUCAUAACAAACGCGAAAUUCAUUAGCAGAACUGUCAAACCACCCAUGUCUCUCGACAAUCUUUCGAUAAGGUCCUAAUAAUUUAUUGUUGAAUAUGAUUUCUAAAUAAAAAUAGGUUUAUUUUCAAUAUUUUCAACUAAUUACAAUUCAAAUAUGUUACAUAAAUCAAAUAUAAUGUCUAUUUUUAAUAAUAUAGAAUUAUCAUAGCGUUUGAAAUGUUUUAUAUAGACACAACCUGAUAUAAUUUAUAGGUCCUUUUCAAAAGUGAAGUUUGUUUGACUUGUUUCUCUGGAUUAGCAGUCAAAUCGGUUCGGUUUUUUUAAUAUUCGAUUGUUUCAAGCGUUUAAUUUGUUGUUUGUUUAUUUUUUUCGAAAAAUGAGCUGUUUUGAGUUCUGGUUUGAUGAUGACGAGAUUGAAGAAGUGCAAGAUGCAGCUACUGUUCGUGUGGAGCGACGGAAAUUGAGGGAUAUGAGUAAUCCUUUGGAGCUGCCGAAUGAUUCAUUCAUUUCAUACUUUAGAGUGUCUAAAGAACUCUUUGGAUACUUGUUGGAUACCGUGGGAGACAAGCUAGGAGGAUCUGUGAAGUCCUCAUCCGUGUCACCGAUGCUGAGACUGUCAGCAGCAUUGAGAUUUUUUGCGGAAGGAAGUUACCAAAAGGGUGUUGGCAACGAUUUGUUUGCAGGAAUGGCCCAACCAACAUUAUCGAAAGCAUUGUCAGCUGUUAUUGACGUAUUCGAGGCCAAUAUUUGUCCAUUGGCGAUACAAUUUCCCACAUCAGAGGCUGAGAAAGAUGAGAUAAAACGUGGGUUUUAUGAAAAAACUGGAUUUCCAGGUGUGAUAGGAUGUGUUGAUGGUACGCAUGUCAGGAUUUUCAAGCCCGUUAGUGACAUCCAACAUCUUUAUUACAACAGGAAAGGAUUUCAUAGUUUGAACGUUAUGCUCGUCUGUGAUCACCAGCAAAUGAUUCGUUACGUUGAUUCUAACAGCCCAGGUGCCAAUCACGAUUCAUUCAUUUGGAAUAAUAAUCAAUUAGACGCUACAUUGAAUCAACGGUAUCAAAAUGGGGAGACCAAUACAUGGCUUUUAGGUGAUGCUGGUUACCCUUUAAAGCCAUAUCUGAUUACACCAUUCCGCACGUCUACAAAUCUUCCGGGCUCCUCGAGGGAAACCAAAUUCAAUGAAAUUCAUUCAAAGACAAGGAUGAUAGUCGAAAGGACCAUUGGUGUAAUGAAGAAUGUUUUUAGAUGUAUUUUAACAGGUCGUCAGUUGCAUUAUAAACCUGAAAAAGCAGCAAGAAUUAUAAAUGUGUGUUGUGCUUUGCACAACCUAAGAAAAAGGUUUAAUGUACCUGACGAAAACAUUCAGGUAGAGCAAACGAAUGAUGAUCAAAAUCCUCCAUACGAUGGUGAACUUGAUGCGUCGGCCACCGAAAUAAGACAAGAAAUAAUGUUCUCCAUUACAUAA